AUGCCUGUCAAAACUCAUCGACAAAACUCAUCGGAUCAUAGUCCUGCACGAAGUCGGUCACAUUCAAUAAGAACAAUUGCAUCAAAAUCAGCAGCGUUCACUACAAAACGAACAUCGGGCGCUGGGAGUGGCAUCCGUCGGAACCGCUCGAAAACAAAUAAUAUCGAAACAAAAUCCAAUGUUGAACCAACAGCGAAUAGUAACGAUGAGAUUCAGCAAGAAUUUGAUUUUCCAAAACUGGUAAAACGAAUCGCAGAAGUUACGGAUAAAAAUAUUGAUGAAGUAUUGAAAUUACCAGAUUUAUCAUUGUUGCCACAAGCAUUUCUGACGGAAAUCGAACAUGAUGAAGUUUAUGCCACCAUUUUACAAGAACUUCAAAAGAAACAAGCAAAUGUCAUUGCAACGAAAACGACUCCCGGAUCAGAUGAGGAUCACCACCAAUCGUCUACAGCGCCAUAUUUUACAGUUGAUGAUGGUGAUCCUAUAGAUACAAUCGAAGAAAUGUCAGGCAUCGUAUUCGAUGAUCACUCUCGUGGACAAGAAAAGGAUGGUUAUGAUACAGAUAUUGAAAUAGAACCUGAUGAACAUGAAACUGCUAAGGUACCUGACAAAGACAAGUAUCGUGAGCUGUGUGCAGAUUCAAAAAUAGUACCCUGUUCGUAUUUUAUGGCACACAUCAAAGAUGAUAAAAUGCUUCUACGUUAUCAUCAAUUUAACACAGCAGAUAUUCAAGCGAUUACGAAAACACUCAUUACGAACUAUACAAUCGAACAAUUAUCAUUGGAUGGGAAUUUUCUACAACGAGAAGCGGCAAAGUAUAUCACACAAUUGAUCGCCGUGAAUGAAUUUAUCACUGAAUUGUCUUUGGUUGAUAAUCGAUUGGGUGGUGGCGAAGGAACGAAGGAAAUCUGUCGAAUGCUGACGACAAGUCAAAAUCUAAGAAAAAUCAAUUUAUCAGGAAAUAAGUUCGACGAAUUGGAUGUUACGCAUUUGAUCGAAGCAUUUGAACACAAUACAGCACUUCGUGAACUUGAUUUAAGUCACAAUUGUUUUGGUGAAAAAUGUGGCCAAGAACUCGGCGCAUUUAUUAGUGCGAAUGAUUCACUAGAAUCACUCAAUCUCGGUUGGAAUAAUUUCCGUGGCGAAAGUGCUAUUGCUAUGAUCGAUGGGAUUAGAGAAAAUACUCGUUUAAGACGCUGUAAUCUAGAAAUGAAUGGUUUUGGACCGGAUGGUGGACCACCUCUAGCUGAAUGUAUUAAGAAAAACACUGUUUUGGAAGAAUUGAAUAUUAGCGGGAAUCGUCUCAAUACACAAAAUGCUUUCGCAAUAGGGCAAGCGUUAUCAGUCAAUGAUACGCUUCAAGUUCUUAGAAUUGCUGGCAACCAAAUAAACUCGGAUGGUGCACUUGCUGUUUUUCUUUGUAUCAAAGCGAGUGAAACAAGUCGAAUGCGUGAAGUCGAUUUUUCACGCACGGUUGUCACUCAAGAAAGCAUCGAUGUUUGCGAAGAUAUCGUUAAAUUAAAGAAUGGCGAUUUCCAGUAUCGUGUCGGUAAAGUGACACCAAAAAUGCUGCAAUCGAAUGCGACGAGCAUAUGUUAUGUUAAAACGAAUGAAACCCUAUUGAAGAAACUACGCGCAAAUGCCAAGAAAAGGAUGCCAAAUGAAAAUUGA